AUUUCUUUUAGAGGCCGGGCCUGGCUUUGGGCCCCGGGCCUCCCAGCCUGGGACUCUGCGCCUGCGCCCGUGCGGCCGCGGCCUGCUCUCCCGGCGCGGCCGCGGUCCCUGCUGCAGCGCGCCGCCUGAGUGGCUGGGCGGUCCAUGGGCAGCAGCGAGGGCCACGAUGACAGAUUACGGCGAGGAGCAGCGCAACGAGCUGGAGGCUCUGGAGUCCAUCUACCCCGACUCCUUUACAGUAUUAUCAGAAAAUCCACCCAGUUUCACCAUUACUGUAACAUCUGAGGCUGGAGAAAAUGAUGAAACUGUCCAGACUACCCUCAAGUUUACAUACAGUGAAAAAUACCCAGAUGAAGCCCCUCUUUAUGAAAUAUUCUCCCAGGAAAAUCUAGAAGAUAAUGAUGUCUCAGACAUUUUAAAACUAUUAGCAUUACAGGCAGAAGAAAAUCUUGGUAUGGUGAUGAUCUUUACUUUAGUGACAGCUGUGCAAGAAAAAUUAAAUGAAAUAGUAGAUCAAAUAAAAACUAGAAGAGAAGAAGAAAAGAAACAAAAAGAAAAAGAAGCGGAGGAAGCUGAAAAGCAAUUAUUUCAUGGCACUCCUGUUACAAUUGAGAAUUUCUUAAGUUGGAAGGCCAAGUUUGAUGCAGAACUCUUGGAAAUUAAAAAGAAACGAAUGAAAGAAGAAGAGCAAGCAGGAAAAAAUAAAUUAAGUGGGAAACAGCUAUUUGAAACAGACCAUAAUCUUGACACAUCUGAUAUCCAGUUUUUGGAGGAUGCUGGAAACAAUGUGGAGGUAGAUGAAUCUCUGUUCCAGGAAAUGGAUGACUUGGAGCUAGAGGAUGAUGAGGAUGAUCCGGACUACAAUCCUGCUGACCCAGAGAGUUAUUUGACUGACUAAUGGACUAUCCGCAUCCGCAGAGAGGUGUGACUGCCACAGCAUCUGUGGCUGUGCUGAGGUGUUGAUUUUUCUUUCUUUUUUUCUAAGAAAAAAUAAUUCUCAGGAGAAUAUUCUUCUGGUAGCUUUCAUCAUUGAACUUAAUAAACUGACCUUAAAAUUUCAAAAAAA